AUGUCACAGUACUCGCCGUCCUUCGGCCGAUCACCACCACCACCACCUUCGCCACCACUUACGGCACCAAUAGCAGAACCGGAACAUGAUGUCUCCGACAGUAGGAAUGGAACCGUUCGACAGCCCCCAAAUACAGAAGAGCAAUUGCUUGAGGUGGAGAUACUGGAGGUGCUUGAAGAAGCCCGCAAUGGGAAUGGAGUCCACCACGCGGUACCUUGCAAGGCUUCGCCUACCAUUCCAAUCCAACCUAUCGCA